AAUGGAGUUUAUGGGAAACUUUAUUAAAAUAAGAAGUUUAAUCUUUUAAAUUAAUGUAUUUAAUAUAAUAAAUAUCUAUUAGUGGUUGGGGAUUUAUUAUAAUGUUGGUUUUUAAAAUGGUAAACUGGUUGACUUAAGACCAUAUUUGAUAAGUAUCAUAUUAUUAUCAUUUUAAUUUAAUAGUUUGAAUUAAAGUUUCGAUUUAUUUUCCUAUUUAAUUAUAAAUCAUUAAAGAAACCUUUGUUGAAUAAUAGUUAUUUAAACAUCUUCCUUUUCAAUUGACCUCAUAUUAUAGUAAUAGUAUUAGUUAGAUUUAUUGUGAGAUGUUUCUAAAAAAAAAAUAUAUUUUUCAAUUGAAAAAAAUUUAUUCUUGUUCAACAAUUAAGAAAGUAUUUUAACAACAAGAUUAAAUUCAACAUCACUGAAUAUAUUAUAACUUGAGGAGGACCAUUAAAUAUAGCGAAUAAUAAAUCUCUAGUUGUUACUAAUAAUCCUUAAGAUAAGAAUACUAAUUAUCAUUAUUAAUAACAAGAAUAAUAAUACAAGUCAAUUAAUUAAUAAUAAGAAUAAGCCUUAAUAUUGUACUAUAUUUAUGAAGAUUUUUAAAACUUUCUGAAUCUAUUAUAUUCAUUCCAAGCUGUAAAAUAGCAUUUUAGAAAAGAUCCUUAAAACAUUAUGGUUUAAAUUUGUGAAAACAAACUAUUGACUCAAAUGAAUCUUUCUAAUGCUAUACAUUUAGAUUUAUAAAGGAAUUCUGGAAAUGAUAAUCUACAAAUAUUUCUGAUAAAUAAUAAGAAAUACUUAAAAAGUUAAAUAAGUUAAAUCAAAAACUAAUCUCCUGAAUUGAUUUCAUAUAUUUAAUAUUAUGAGUAAUAUUGCUUAUGUGACAAAGUAGAAAUGUUAAAAAAGGAAUUAGUACCAGUUUAAUUAAAAGCAAAUUUUAAUGAAAAAGUAUUAUAAUAAAUAAUCCCUCAAAUUCAAGCUGUCGACAAGAGAGUCAACUAAAUAAGACAAACCAAAAAUUAUCAAAUACCAAAUAUGUAAAUGAUGAAAUAGAGAGCAGAGUAAAAUAUUAUAAAUCUAUAUUAGAUAAUACAAACAAGAAACCAUAUCCAAACUGAAAUAUUAAAGUCAUCAAUGA